AAAUACUACAAGGUAAGAUGUAACAGCAACAGUUGUCAAACAGCAACCAUGCGUCUCUUCCUCGCUUUACUGGCUCUGGGCUUCGCAGCCGUAGCGGCUGUCCCAGCAAACCCUCAGAGAAUCGUGGGUGGUUCUCCUACCACUAUUCAGCAGUAUCCUACCAUUGUUGCUGUGCUGUUCUCCUGGGAAGGAAACACUUUCCACCAACACUGCGGUGGUACUAUUCUCAAUAACAGAACUAUCCUUACUGCAGCUCACUGCCCCUACAACGAGCCAGUCAACAGAUGGCGUAUACGAACUGGUUCGACUUUCGCGAACAGCGGAGGUGUUGUUCAUAACGUCAACAGCUACAGGAUCUACCCUAAGUACAACCCAAGAACUCUUAACAACGACAUCGCUAUUAUGCGCACCGCCAGCAUAAUUUCCUUCAACAACGCCGCACAGCCCGCCAGAAUUGCUGGCCCCAACUACAUCGUCGGUGAUAACCAAGUUGUCUGGGCCGCCGGAUGGGGUGCCCUCUGGUACCAAGGUCCUGGAUCGGAACGUCUGCGCCACGUCCAGGUCUGGACUGUGAACAUGGUCACGUGCAGGGCUCGCUACGCCGCUGUUGGUGCCAUUCUCUCCGACAGCAUGUUGUGCUCCGGCUGGCUCGACGUCGGCGGUCGCGACCAGUGCCAGGGUGACUCCGGUGGUCCUCUAUACCACAACGGUGUCGUCGUUGGGGUGUGCUCUUGGGGACACGAAUGCGCUUUGCCUAACUUACCUGGUAUCAACGCACGUGUCUCACGCUUCGCUAACUGGAUCAGGAACAACGCUUAAAUUUUCUGAUUGCAGUACAAUGAUUAAAAAAAAUAUCGUCUACUACAAAAA